UUACCCCCUUGGCGUGCUGAAUUUGUGGAAAGAGUAAACACAAUCAUUUCUAAAAUACACUCUGUGUCUGUGCUUAGAGAGCUCCUACAAUCGACAGUCCCGGGGGCUCCGGGAGCGCUGCUGCUGCUGCUGCCGUGGCCGGACUUUGGCCGCAGCGGGACGGGGCCCAGCGCGGCCGGACGGGGCUCCGGGCAGCCGGCGGGACCGGAGCUCUGCCCGGCCAGGAAACGCUGCCGGGCACCGGCCGAGGCUCCCGGGCCGAGGCUCCCGGGCGGAGCGCCCAUGGGUGCGGGCAGUGCGCUGUGCGGGCCCCGGGACGGCCCCGCCGCGCCCCGGGACUGGAACCAGACAUGGCAUACAAACAUCCCAGGAGGGACCUGGUGCUUCGAGAGCUCCAUCAUUGCCUGGAUCCCUUGUGCCUAUCUUUGGAUCUGUUUUCCCUUCUAUUACUGGUACCUUCGACACAGAAACAAAGGCUACAUCAGGAUGUCCCACAUCUUCAAAGCUAAAAUGGUCCUUGGAUUCAUCCUGGUAAUAUUGUGUUUUUCUAAUGUCUUCUUCAUGGUGUGGGAGAAAAGCCAAGGAAUCCCAAGGCCCCCAGCACUCUUCAUUAGCCCUGCUCUGGUGGGAAUCACAAUGGUCCUUGCCUUGUUCCUUACCCAAGCAGAAAGAAUGAUGGGCAUCCAGUCUUCAGGGGUCCUAUUGAUUUACUGGCUGCUCUCAUUUGUGGCUGCACUUGUGAUCCUUAGUUCCAAAAUUCAGCAUGCUCUGGAAAGAGGCUUCCUGCAAGACCAUUUCCACCAUGUUACAGCUUACCUUUACACUGGCCUGGUGCUAGGAGAACUUGUGUUAUUCUGCUUAGUUGAUCACCCUCCCUUCUUCUCUAAAGCUGACAACAGUCCUAAUCAGUGCCCAGAAGCCAGCAGCUCUUUUCUUUCCAAAAUCACAUACUGGUGGUUCUCUGGGCUCCUCUGGAAGGGCUCUCAGCAGGCCUUGGGUGUGGAUGACUUGUGGCCAGUGAGGAAACAGGACUCCUCUGAGGAAAUUGUUGCCAGGGCAGAAAGAGAGUGGAAGAACUGUCGCAGCAGAACCCAGAAGAAAAUGGAGUCUGCCACAUUUAAAAAGGGUCAGAAAGCUGAAACUGGUAUAGCAGAAGCUGAAGAGACAGAGGCUCUACUACAAUCAAAGCACAGUCAGAUCGGGCCCUUACUGAGAAUGUUUUGGAGCAUGUUUGGAACUUACUUCCUUCUCAGCACGGUCUGCUUAGUUAUCUGUGAUGUCUUCUUGUUCUCCACCCCGAAGGUACUGAGCCUUUUCCUGAAGUUCAUUGAAGAUCAGGCAGCCCCGAGCUGGCUUGGCUACUUCUAUGCCUUCAGCAUUUUCCUGCUGGGCUGUCUGCAGACUCUGUUUGAGCAGCGCUACAUGUACAUGUGCCUUGUGCUGGGGCUGAGGCUGAGAACUGCACUAACAGGCCUUGUGUACAGGAAGAUCCUGGUUAUGUCAAGUGCCUCAAGGAAAGCAGCAACCACAGGUGAAAUUGUUAAUCUGGUAUCUGUUGAUGUGCAAAAGCUAAUGGAUCUGAUUAUCUAUUUUAAUGGGACCUGGCUGGCUCCUAUUCGGAUUAUCAUCUGCUUUGUCUUCUUGUGGCAGCUUCUAGGGCCAUCUGCCUUGACUGCAAUUGCUGUAUUUCUUUUUCUUUUGCCUCUGAAUUUUGUGAUCACCAAGAAGAGGAGUCAGUUUCAGGAAGCCCAGAUGAAACAUAAGGAUGAGAGGGCCAAACUCACCAAUGAAAUUCUCAGUAACAUUAAAGUAAUCAAACUGUAUGGCUGGGAGAAAACCUUCAUGGAGAAAGUAUUUGGAAUCCGAAAGCAAGAACUUCAGGCCUUAAAAAAAUCUCAGAUUCUCUUCUCAGCAUCCCUAGUUUCCUUCCAUUCAUCAACUUUCCUGAUCGCAUUUGUCAUGUUUGCUGUUUACACCCUGGUGGACAACACACACGUGCUGGAUGCUGAGAAGGCCUUUGUGUCCUUGACACUGAUCAACAUCCUCAACACUGCCCACUCCUUCCUGCCCUUCUCCAUCAACACUGCUGUCCAGGCCAAAGUUUCCUUGAACCGUUUAGCAACUUUUUUGAAUCUGGAAGAACUGAAUCCUGAGAGCUCAAGCAGAAACACUUCUGGCAGUGUACAGGCAAGUAUCACCAUAAGAAAUGGGACUUUUUGCUGGAGCAAAGAAACUUCUCCUUGUCUUAGAAGCAUAGAGCUCAGCGUGCCCCAGGGCUCUCUGCUGGCUGUGGUUGGCCAGGUGAGUGCUGGCAAGUCCUCCCUGCUGGCAGCGGUGCUGGGCGAGCUGGAGGCCACCGAGGGCUGCGUGACCAUCAAGGACACUGCAGCUUAUGUCCCCCAGCAAGCCUGGGUUCUAAAUGCUUCAGUAGAAGAUAAUAUUCUGUUUGGGAAGGAGAUGGAUGAAACCUGGUUCAAUAGAGUGACAGAGGCUUGUGCACUGCACCCUGAUUUGGAGACCUUUCCUGCAGGGCAGAAGAGUGAAAUAGGAGAAAAGGGAAUCAAUCUGUCUGGAGGGCAGAAGCAGAGAGUGAACCUUGCUCGGGCCGUGUACCAGAAGGCUUCGAUUUACCUGCUCGACGAUCCCCUGUCAGCUGUUGAUGCCCACGUUGGGCAGCACAUUUUUGAACAUGUUCUUGGACCCAAUGGUUUACUGAAGGACAAGACUCGUGUGCUGGUGACUCACACAAUCAACAUUCUGCCUCAAGUGGACAACAUUGUUUUUCUGGUGGAUGGAAUGAUCUCAGAAACUGGUUCCUACCAAGAACUUCUACAGAGAAAUGGAGCCUUUGCAGAUUUUCUUCAUUCACACAUUACUGCAGAAGAGAAGCCACCUGGUGGUUUUGCAGCUAUGGGAGACACUAAAGGCACUGUCACCACUGGAAAUGGUCCAUCUCAGGAGAAACCCCUCAGUGGUCAUUCAGUAAAAUCUGCUGUGGGAAGGGAGACCAUUCCUGGGAGCCCACACUGCACCAGUGCUGCAGCCACCAGUGGAGCAUUAACCAAGGCAGAGAGAACUCAGCACGGCAGGGUGAGGGCUGGGGUGUACGGAGCCUACCUGCAGGCGGCAGGCCGGGCGCUGGCUGCGUACGUGCUCCUGUCCUUCGCCUGCCAGCAGGCCGUGGCCUUCUCCCGGGGCUACUGGCUCAGCCUCUGGGCAGAUGACCCCGUGCACAACGGGACACAGCAGCACACAGAGCUCAGACUUGGAGUCUUCGGUGCUUUAGGAGUGGUUCAAGCCCUUGGCAGGUUUGCCUGCACAGCAGCAGUGCUGCUGGGGGGCGUGUUAGCCUCACACCAGCUCUUCCUGCAGCUGCUGAGCAAUGUCAUGAGAUCCCCAAUGCUCUUCUUUGAGCAAACACCCACUGGACACCUGCUGAACCGCUUCUCCAGAGACAUGGAUGCUGUGGAUUCUGUCAUCCCUGACAAGCUCAAGUCCAUGCUGGGAUUCUUGUUCAACUUACUGGAGAUCUAUCUGGUGAUUGUGGUGGCUACACCAUGGGCAGCAAUGGCCAUAGUGCCCUUGACUGUUCUUUAUGCAGCAUUUCAGCACUUCUAUGUCAGCACCUCCUGCCAGCUGAGGCGCAUGGAGGCUGCCAGCAGGUCACCCAUCUACUCCCACAUCUCAGAAACCUUCCAAGGCAGCAGCGUGAUCCGUGCUCACAAAGACCAGCAGAGGUUUAUUUCAAAGAGCAAUUUCCUAGUGGAUGAGAACCAGCGAAUUUGCUUCCCUGGAGCUGUUGCUGACAGGUGGCUUGCUACAAACCUGGAGUUCCUGGGCAAUGGCGUCGUGCUGUUUGCAGCCCUGUUUGCAGCUGUGGGCAGGACACAGCUCAGCCCAGGAACUGCUGGCUUCUCCCUUUCCUGUGCCCUCCAGAUAACUGGUGUUCUGAACUGGAUGGUUCGCUCCUGGACAGAAGUAGAGAACAACAUUGUUUCUGUGGAGAGACUGAGAGAAUACCUGAGGACUCCUAAGGAGGCACCCUGGACUCUGAAUGGCAAACUUCAAGGGCAAGUUUGGCCCACUGAGGGAAGGAUUGAAUUUAGAAACUACAGCCUUUGCUACAGGCCAGGUUUGGAGUUAGCACUGAGGCGUGUCACUGUGACCAUCAAUGGGCAUGAGAAGAUUGGCAUAACUGGCAGAACAGGAGCUGGGAAAUCCAGCCUUGCUGUGGGCUUGCUGCGACUGGUGGAAGCUGCAGAAGGAGCCAUCCUCAUUGAUGGACAGGACAUUGCCCAGCUAGGUCUCCAUGACCUCAGAACCAAGAUCACUGUCAUUCCCCAGGAUCCAGUUUUGUUUUCUGGCUCCCUAAGAAUGAAUCUCGACCCAUUAAACCAAUACACUGAUGCAGACAUCUGGACAGCUUUGGAACUGACUCAGCUCAAGAACUUUGUUGCAGAUUUGCCAGAGCAGCUGGAAUAUAAGUGCACUGACCAAGGGGAAAACCUAAGUACUGGUCAGAAACAGCUGGUUUGCCUGGCCAGAGCACUCCUGCAGAAAGCCAAAAUCCUCGUUCUGGAUGAGGCCACAGCAGCAGUGGAUUUAGAGACUGACGUCCAGAUUCAGUCCAUGCUGAGGACUCAGUUCAGAGACAGCACCGUGCUGACGAUCGCUCACCGGGUGAGCACCGUGCUGGACUGUGACAGGAUUUUAGUCUUGGAAAAUGGCCGGAUAGCAGAAUUUGAUACUCCAGAACACUUAAUAGCUCAGAAGGGACUGUUCUACAGACUGAUGGAAGAAUCAGGCCUUGCAUGACUCAGCCAUAGCACCACCACCAUCAGGAGUAAUUGACCUCAUAAUUGAGUUAUUUUGGUUUCUCUCUAAAAUGCCUGACACUCAACCAAAGCUUGUUUGAGCCAAAACUGCAGUGAGUAGAUGGAAAGGGGUAACCUGGGAUACAUGUUAUUUCCAUAGGAAACUCAGCAAUUCCACUUUCAUUAUGUUUCCAGAUACCAAAACCUCACUUGAUUGCUGAAAACAAGCCAGUCAGGACUUAAAUACUUUUCUGGUGUAAAAGCAAACAAGUCAGAAGAGAAAGACCACAGCAUUCCUAAUUUAUACUGUAAAUGGAACCCAAAUAUCCAUCAUACUUCAAGAUUACACAGAUUAUUUUUAAAAGAUUUUUAUGUACAGCAAGGAAGAAUUCAACUGGUAGCAAGGAAACUUAACUGUUUGCAAUUGAUGCUAAGCUCCAGGCAGAACAAAUAUUUUGUCAAUGUCUUAAGGGCUGCUCACCCAGGCACUGCACAAACACUGGGGCAGGAGGGAAGAGGAGGCAGGAUGCCACCUAGCAGGAGCACAGGCUGUCUGUUGUCACAGCUGGGGAUCAGUGCACCCCCUCCCUCUGCAGGAGCAGAGCCAGCUCCAGCAGGGGCUCAGCAGGGCAGGACAGGACCGUGGCUGGGAGUGGCAGCAGAGCAUCCAGCACUCCUGCCCAGGGCUUGGAGCAUUCCCACUGCCAAGUGCUCACAGCAGGGCAGGUCCAAACAUUGACACCAACUCUUCCAAACUGAAUUUGGCCACAAGGAAUUUGCAUGGUUGGAAGUGCCCUCCUCUCUGAUCCCUGCAGCACACGGGGAAAGCGGCAGGAUCUCACCUGUUGACCUGAUGUUCAUCCCUUGUUUUCCUCCUGAGUGCAAGUUGACUCUUGCAUGUUCCACCCUGGUGCUGCAGAGCCUCUGGCAUGGUCACCUGUCAGGCGUUGCUUUAACAAACCAAAACAGAAGCAAAAGCUUCCUGGGCUUCCCACAGUGUCUGCAGCCAGAGCUGUCCCCAGGACUCCUCAGGAAUCACAGAAUGACAAUGUGACAGUCCAAUACACACUGAGAGAUACUGCUCUUUACUGUGACUUUUGUUAAAGCAUCCCAUUUUCUAGAGAGCUGAAAUAAAAAUAGAAUCAAGUAUUUAAAUAGGUCUCUUCAAUAAACUAGAGCAAAUAUAACACAGAAAGGGGCAGUGGGGAGGGGAUAGGAGAGUUCCAGCUGCAAGAAUGAACCCAGACUGGCAAAACCCAGCAGUUCCUUCUCCAACAGCUUCUGCACCCAAGUCAAGGACAGUUCAGAGUUCCUGCUGGUCAAGUGCCCAAGGUAUCGAGGUCCAAUGCCUGCUGGUGCUCAGGUACCAGGAGAGAAUGAUCUUCCCUCUACUUCCUCCAGUCUCAUACUUGAGGGCACAGACAAAACAAUUCCAAACCCAGAUACAAGUUAAGAGUGGAUCUCAAAACCAGGAGCAUUUAGAAAUACUGAGAUGAAAAAUAAAAAUUUUUCCUUUUAACUAAGGCAAAGAGGAACAGAAUUGCCCACGUUACUGGGCAAUUCUGAAACAGAUACCUUAUAGCAUUCCAUAAUCUCCAACAUAAAUAUCUUUAAUUGCUCAUUUUCUGUUCCUAAAUGGGUAACAGAGAAGGAAGGCAACAAGAGACAUUAAUGAAAACAUACUUUCACACUGGUAACCUUUGAAAGGGCACAGUUUUGCUG